AUGUCGGAAAUCAACAAUGGCCUUCAACGCAUAAAGACAACAGAUAAAUGGCCUAUGCUCGUGAACAGAAUACAGUCGAAACGGCAGACCUCAGCAUCGGAUGCUUGGGAUGGACUUGCUACUCGCGUGGUUCCAGCUACUUCGCUCAGCACCUCACUUCUUGACCUGCUGAGUCCGUUGAUGGAAAAGAUCGAAAAAAGGCUAUACACAACUGGACAAAUUUCAGAUUUGGCGAAGGUACUGUUGACUAUUCGCCAAGUGCGAGAACCGGAGCAGUUCGUAAACAAAGCCGAAUUGACUUCAGAAUUGACUUCAAAGUUGAUUCAACAUGUGACACAGUUGCGAUUUCAAACUCUUCUUCUAAAUGGUGCUUUUCUCUCAGUAUUUUCUGGAAGCGUUUACACGUGCUAUUGCCAUUUGGAUAUUGCGUGUCGAAUAA